CGCAAGGGAGAGAGACGAAGAACGUAAGCCUUCUUGCUCAUCUUCUUCUUCUGUCCAUUCGUGUACUGUAUACAAAAUCAUUAUUGUGUAGCCCUAGACGGCUCUUUCGAGUUCCCUUCUCUUCGGCUGUCUUCUAGUUAUCGGAAGUCCUUGUGAUUUUUCAGGUAUUAGAGGCCAGCUUCAAAGUCGAAGUUUUUUCAGUCUCGAAAUUGGACUGGGAUUCUUGCUUGAAAUUCAUAAGAUUGAGUUGAUUUCUAGAUUUUGAUUUGAUGGUACCGAAUUUGUGGAUUGAGAAAGUUUUUUGAAAAGAUUUGAAAAUUUGUUGGUAGUGGUUUGGUUUGGCAGUUGGAAUUUAAAUGUAAUGGUGGGAAUUAGAGCAUCCGGAGAUGGACGAUUUACCCCCGCCAAGUGCUCAAACUGGUAGUGAGGAACCGGAUAGCGUGGUUGCAUUUGAUGUUACUGCUAAGAAACUAGCUAGACAGCUGGAUUUUGCGGAGUUUGGUGGUGCAGUCUUACCAGAGCUCCCUCAUUUUCAGUCUCAGUCUCGUUGUCACUCGGAGUCACCAGCCGUGAUGGUGGUGCAGAGUCCGUCGCAGCCAAAGUCCCCUCAACAUUUGAUGGUUUUGCCCGUCGGAACACAAUCGCCUCAUCCUGUGGCUGCGAGAAAGCCAGAUUUUCCAAAGUCACGAUCAAGGUCUGUAGAAACAAAAGAUGCUACUCCAAAGAAACAAAAACAGUGCAACUGUAAACACUCACGCUGCUUAAAGCUGUACUGUGAGUGCUUUGCCUCUGGAAUAUACUGUGAUGGUUGCAAUUGUGCAAAUUGCUAUAACAAUGUCGAGAAUGAAGUUUCUAGGAGAGAAGCAGUUGAAACUACUUUAGAACGUAAUCCAAAUGCAUUCCGACCAAAGAUAGCUAGCAGCCCGCAUGGACCACGAGAAAGCAGGGAUGAGAUUGGAGAGGUUGUAAUGCUGGGAAAGCACAACAAAGGAUGCCAUUGCAAGAAAUCAAGUUGCUUAAAGAAGUAUUGUGAGUGUUUUCAGGCCAAUAUUCUCUGCUCUGAAAACUGCAAGUGCAUGGACUGUAAGAACUUUGAAGGAAGUGACGAGAGACAAGCACUUCUCCAUGGUGACCAUGUCAACAACAUGGCUUAUAUUCAGCAGGCAGCAAAUGCUGCAAUAACUGGAGCUAUUGGAUCCUCUGGUUAUGCUUGCCUUUCCACUUCAAAGAAAAGAAAAGGCUCAGAGCUUUGCUUUGGCCCUACAGGGAAGGAUGCCCCCUUCAACGGCAUAGCACAAUUUCAUCAGGCUAAUAAUAUGUUGUCUUCUGGCGCAUCUACAUCAUCUCCCCUCCCUGUUGCUCAUGUUGGCAGCCCUGCAGCACCGGAACCUUCAAAGUUUUCAUUCAGGUCCUUAUUGGCAGACCUCAUCCAGAUGAACGACUUGAAGGAGCUUUGCUCAGUUUUAGUGGUGUUAUCAAGCGAAGCUUCCAAGAAUUUAGCAGAACAAAGAAUUGCUGUGAAGCAGAUAAAUGAUUCACUACAGAUUUCACGUGCUUCAACUGGAGAUAGGUCACAGCUUCAGAAGACAGAUGCGAAAGCCGCAGAUGUUGAGUGUGAAAGUUUAAACCAAGGUGAUAGAAUUGUACAUCAUAAUUCCAAUUCAGAUAGUUCGGACACGACAACGGCAAGGCCGAUGUCCCCUGGAACUUUAGCUUUAAUGUGUGAUGAACAGGAUACCAUGUUCACGGGAGCUGCUCUAGCUCAUGGGUUGGCAGGCCAUGGUUGCAACACAUCAUCACAUAUGCUUGAUAAGUCUGUAUCAGAAGUCUACAUAGAGCAGGAACGGAUUGUUUUGACAAAGUUUCGAGAUUGUCUUAAUAAACUCAUCACUCCUGGAGAGAUAAAAGAAACAAAUUCAGUAGAAGCGAGGAAUGAAAAUCACAGCAAGAAUUUCACCUCAAACAGUGGAUACCGACAGAGAAUUAUUAGCAAUGGGGUCAUAAAAAAUGUCGCUCUCUCGGCACCCAGAAUACCACUGAUCGAUGCUGCAGCUCAUCAUACUAGUAAUAAAAUUCUAACCCUACCUGAAAAUGGGAAAGAGUAAACCACAAAUUGGCAGAGAAGUACAGAAAAAGCCCAGGAAAGCAACUGGUGUGUUGCUCCAUCUCUGUAGUGACAGUCCAGUAUUCAUUCAGGAUUUUGCUUCCUGAAACUGGUCUGUUCUAGUCAGUUGGUGGCCUCAUUUUACUCUUUAUCUUAUUCGUUUUUAUAUCACCAUUAGAAUUCGAGGCGAAUUUUGAGUUUCAACCGUAGAUAGAAAUCUUUUAAUUGCUAAUCUUUGUACCAGAUAAAUAAGAGAACAAUAAUUCAUCCCAUUUGAUGAUCAAUGAAAUAAAAGAUUUGCUUCAUUAUGCA